CUUCUUUCAAUCUCCGCCCCUUUACGGCACGAUGGUCGCACAAGAAUGUGAUACAGGCUCCGCCGCCGCCAUUUUCUUUCUUUCUUAGCAGUUGGCUGGGAGAAGGUCUCUGCGAAGAAGCAGUAACAGCCAUAGUAGGUUAGACAUGGCAGACUAUUCAACAGUGCCUCCACCCUCCUCUGCCUCAGCUGGUGGUGGAGGCGGCGGCGGUGGUGGUGGAGUUAACGAUGCUUUCAAAGAUGCGCUGCAGAGAGCCCGGCAGAUUGCAGCAAAAAUUGGAGGUGAUGCUGGUACAACACUGAAUUCAAAUGACUACGGUUAUGGGGGACAAAAAAGACCUUUGGAAGACGGAGAUGGCUCUUGGACAAGUCCGAGCAGUACAACACACUGGGAGGGAAUGCCCUCUCCUUUUAAAGAUCAACCUGAUGCUAAGAAAGUUGCUCCUCAAAAUGACUCUUUUGGGACGCAGUUGCCACCGAUGCAUCAACAGCAAAGCAGGUCUGUAAUGACAGAAGAAUACAAAGUUCCAGAUGGAAUGGUUGGAUUUAUAAUUGGCAGAGGAGGUGAACAGAUCUCACGCAUACAGCAGGAAUCUGGAUGCAAAAUACAGAUUGCUCCUGACAGUGGUGGCCUUCCAGAAAGGUCUUGUAUGUUAACUGGAACACCUGAGUCUGUCCAGUCAGCAAAACGGUUACUGGACCAAAUUGUUGAAAAAGGAAGACCAGCCCCUGGCUUCCAUCAUGGUGAUGGACCAGGAAAUGCAGUUCAAGAAAUAAUGAUUCCAGCUAGCAAGGCAGGAUUAGUUAUUGGAAAGGGUGGAGAGACUAUUAAACAACUUCAGGAACGGGCUGGAGUUAAAAUGGUUAUGAUUCAAGAUGGACCUCAGAACACUGGUGCUGACAAACCUCUUAGAAUUACAGGAGAUCCAUACAAAGUUCAACAAGCAAAGGAAAUGGUGUUAGAGUUAAUUCGUGAUCAAGGUGGUUUCAGAGAAGUUCGAAAUGAGUAUGGGUCAAGGAUAGGAGGAAAUGAAGGGAUAGAUGUCCCCAUUCCAAGAUUUGCUGUUGGCAUUGUAAUAGGAAGAAAUGGAGAGAUGAUUAAAAAAAUACAAAAUGAUGCUGGUGUUCGAAUUCAGUUUAAGCCAGAUGAUGGAACAACUCCUGACAGAAUAGCACAAAUAACAGGACCUCCAGAUCGAUGUCAACAUGCUGCAGAGAUUAUUACAGACCUUCUCCGAAGUGUUCAGGCUGGUAAUCCUGGUGGACCUGGACCUGGUGGUCGAGGAAGAGGUAGAGGUCAAGGCAACUGGAACAUGGGACCACCUGGUGGACUGCAGGAAUUUAAUUUCAUUGUACCAACUGGGAAAACUGGAUUAAUAAUAGGAAAAGGAGGUGAAACCAUAAAAAGCAUAAGCCAACAAUCGGGUGCAAGAAUAGAACUUCAACGAAAUCCUCCACCUAAUGCAGAUCCUAAUAUGAAGUUAUUUACAAUUCGUGGCACUCCACAGCAAAUAGACUAUGCUCGUCAACUCAUAGAAGAAAAGAUUGGUGGCCCAGUAAAUCCUUUAGGGCCCCCUGUACCCCAUGGGCCCCAUGGUGUCCCAGGCCCCCAUGGGCCUCCUGGGCCUCCUGGGCCUGGAGCUCCAAUGGGACCUUAUAACCCUGCACCUUACAAUCCAGGACCACCUGGCCCUGCUCCUCAUGGUCCUCCAGCUCCUUAUGCUCCCCAGGGAUGGGGAAAUGCAUAUCCACACUGGCAGCAACAAGCCCCUCCUGAUCCAGCUAAGGCAGGAACUGAUCCAAAUUCAGCAGCUUGGGCUGCAUAUUAUGCUCACUAUUACCAACAGCAAGCACAGCCACCACCUGCAGCUCCUGCUGGUGCACCAACUACAACCCAAACCAAUGGACAAGGUAACUAUGGAGAUCAACAGAAUCCAGCUCCAGCUGGACCAGUUGAUUAUACCAAGGCUUGGGAAGAGUACUACAAGAAAAUGGGUCAACAAGGGCAGACACAGGAUUAUUCAAAGGCUUGGGAGGAAUAUUACAAGAAGCAAGGUCAAGCAGUUCCUGCUCCUACUGGUGCUCCACCAGGCGGUCAGCCAGAUUAUAGUGCAGCCUGGGCUGAGUACUAUAGACAGCAAGCAGCCUACUAUGCCCAGACAAGCCCCCAGGGAAUGCCACAGCAUCCUCCAGCACCUCAGGGCCAAUAAUAAGAAGUGGACAAUACAGUAUUUGCUUCAUUGUGUGGGGGAAAAAUACCUUUGUUAAAUAUAUGGAUGCAGACGACUUGAUGAAGAUCUUAAUUUUGUUUUUGGUUUAAAAUAGUGGUUUUUUUUUUUUUUUGAAAAUGUACAAAAAUAUCUAUCACUACUGAUAGGAGGUUAAUAUUUCUGUGUAGAAAUGAAAAUUGGUUUGUUUUUAGUAUUUAGUGUAGAUGUACACAUUCCAGCAAAUGUAUUUGCAACUAUUAUGUGGUCAAUGCUUUGUGAUAUAAAUGUACUUUUUCAAUGUAUACUUUCACUUUUAAAAUGCCUGUUUUGUGCUUUACAAUAAAUGAUAUGAAACCUCCUGUGUCGGUAAGUUGGAUAUGUGGGUAUUUAAAAGAUUCAUAAUUUCUUAGCAGUGAUAAGAUACAUAUACACAAAUAUAUAAGCUUUCCCCAUGAACUAUUAAUUGAAUUUUUAAACACUGGCAUGUUUUUUCCCCCUUGCAGUAUAGAAAUAGAUUGGAGACUCUUUUCCAUUUAUUACAUUUGGCUGUUUCAGCACAAGUAAUCCUGAUAUCUUCAUUUUUUUCCUUCUGUUUGAUUAAAAACUGCAUGUGUGUACAAUGAUCUUUUGGCAUACUUCCAUUGCAUUAACAGUGAAAUUUCCUUUUAUACAUGACCACUGUUUCAGACCUGUACAGCUGCUAUAACAGUUAACCUUUCUGUUCUUAAUUUGAUAAUUACUUGAUUUCCAAGACUGUUUCAGCAUAACUAAUUUUAAACAGUUUUUAGAUAGUGAAUAUGAAUAGUUUAAUAAGAAUAGUUCUUUCAUGUAAAGCAACUCUUUCAAUGUGUACGAUAUUAGUGUGUUUCUUCCUAAAUUUAGGGUAGAAAAGUGAAUAGUAUGCAAAAACUAUAAUAGCUACAAUGCAUCUGCCAUUGAAGUAUUAUUGGAGUACGGAAAUGUUUGAGCUUUUUUCUUUUCUUUAUUUUUCUUUUUGCAGUAUAGAUAAGCUUUGUUUUGUAAAUGCACAAGUCCAGUCAUUGAAUCAACUUAAUUUUUUUAUGUAUUUGAAAUCAUUUUAUUACUCUAACACUCAUGCUGAAGUUCUGAUAUUUUGUUGAAAUCCAUUGUUUUACUCUGCAUAUUUGUUGGCUCUUUGCAUUAAUAUAUUAGACUACAUGCAAAUACAGUCUGUCUUGCCAUUGUCUGUUGAAGUGCAGGUUUGAUCCAGCCAGUAUAGAACUAGCUCUGUAGGGGUGAGGAGGACUGUGCUGUGUAUCAUCCUUGAUUGUGUUCCUUCAAGGAGCAUUGCACUGUAAGUACAUCAGAAUGACAAAUUGAUGAACUGCAACAGUAUCUUUUUGUCAAUGUUCCACAUAAUGUAAAUGCCAUACUUUGUGUGAAUAUUAUGUUGGAAUACAGUGCUGAUAACUUGGAAAACCAUAACUGCUUCUUAAUUUAACAUAGAAUAAUACCUAGGUCUGUAUUUUUUUUUAAGUGAGCUUAAUGGGUAAGUAUUUUUUAUAUGCUUUAGCUAUAGCUAAAGAAAAUUGAUCUUUAAAAAGUUGAAUAAUAUUACUCAUUGGUGCUCCUUAUAUUGUUUUUCAGUGUAAGAUAUGCAUAUUUUAUAUAUUAAU